GGGGUGAGUGAGACUGGUGUUUACGUCCCCCCCUCAUCCGUCAUUCACCUGCGAGCAUCUGACGGCGGAGGAUAACAGGACGCUGAGGCCGUGGACGAGCAUCACGUGGAGGCGCCAAAGACGGAAACCCACCUACGUCGGUUAACGGUGGUGCUCCCUGUCCGUGACUGUGACUUUGAAGGAGCGCUGCUGUGUUUAUCCACAGGUCGGAGACAUGAGCGGGAGAGUGGGAGACCUCAGUCCUAAACAGGCGGAGGCGCUGGAGCAGUUUCGAGUACGGGUACAAGAUAUUCUUCCUCAACUUCCUGCGCAGCAUGAUCACUUCCUCUUACGCUGGCUCAGAGCCAGGAAUUUCAACCUCCAGAAGUCUGAGGCAAUGCUGCGAAAGCAUUUGGAGUUCAGGAAACAGAUGAAAGUAGACACAAUAAUCACUGACUGGCGUCCACCAGAGGUGAUUGAGAAAUAUCUGUCAGGAGGGAUGUGCGGUUAUGACCGCGAGGGCAGUCCCAUUUGGUACGACGUCAUCGGACCUGUAGAUCCCAAAGGCCUCUUUCUGUCUGCCUCCAAGCAAGACUUCAUCAAGUCCAAGAUCAGAGACUGUGAGAUGCUUCAGAAGGAGUGUAACCUCCAGUCAGAGAGACUGGGGAAAAACGUGGAGUCAAUCACAAUGAUCUACGACGUUGAAGGUUUGGGUCUGAAGCACUUGUGGAAGCCUGCUAUAGAAACAUAUGGAGAGAUCCUCCAGAUGUUUGAAGAUAACUAUCCUGAAGGCCUGAAGAGACUCUUUGUUAUCAAAGCCCCUAAAAUCUUUCCGGUGGCCUACAACCUCGUUAAGCACUUUCUGAGUGAGAGCACACGAGAGAAGAUUUGCAUCCUGGGUGCUAACUGGCAGGAGGUCUUAUUGAAUCACAUUGAUGCAGAGGAGCUGCCGGCGAUGUACGGAGGUAAACUGACGGAUCCUGAUGGAGACCCUCGCUGUCGGACCAGGAUAAACCACGUUGGACCAGUUCCCCCCUCCUACUAUGUACGGGACCACGUGAAGGUGGAUUAUGAGCAGUGUAUGACUGUCAGUCGAGUGUCUUCACAGCAGUUGGACUAUGAGAUCUUGUUCCCUGGCUGUGUACUCAGGUGGCAGUUUGCCAGUGAGGGUGGAGACAUCGGUUUCGGGGUCUUUCUAAAGCCCAAAAAGGGUGAAUGGAAGAAGGCGGCCGAGAUGCAAGAAAUCUUGCCCAGCCAGCGAUACAACGCCCACUUAGUGCCCGAGGAUGGCUCACUGACCUGUGAGCAGCCAGGAGUCUAUGUGCUGAGAUUCGACAACACCUACAGCAUCUUCCAGGCCAAACAAAUCAGUCUUACUGUUGAGGUGCUGCUUCCUGACCAUUUACAGCCCCCGCAGAGCAAUGGGAAGUCCAGCAACCAUGUGCAAGUGGAGUGUGACAGUCAGUUAUAACAAGGAUGACAGUCUGCCGCUACUAGAAAGCACAGCCUGACAUACUUGAUUUGAACAUGCUGCCAUGUCAAUUAAAAGUAUUAUAUCUGAAUGCUGGAUGACUCUUUAAUCAUCCAAAUCAUGAGCUUAUUUAUGUGGCGUCUGUUUGGAAACUUCACAUAUUCUCCUCUGAAACAUCACAGAAACCUUCGCCCGUCCAACUUUACUUAGAUUGUACUAUUUUCUUGCUGCUGUAACAUAAUAAUUGCAGGAUCAAUAAAGUAUUUAUCUAUCUACACACUCGGUGUUUCAGACGGCCGCCAAGUGAAUGAGGUUGUUUCUGGUGUAAAACAGCUGAGACCAAUGAAGUUCAUUAUGAGGAUCAAACUUCCUGCUCCUGUACAAGGAAGUAUUUUCUAGAGGUAUUUUCUGAGUAUAUACAGUAAAAUAUAAGUAAUGCUACGAACGUUUGAGUUGAUUGCUGAAUGCAAUAAAUUUUGUAAUGAGGUCCAAA